UCAUACUAUAAAAAGCAUCGAUUGUAUGAAAUUGACUUUCUAGGCAUUUGUACGAGUCGAUAUGAGCUGAUAUUUCUUGAUGGGUUGCUUUGGGCAUUGCCCAAAUCAGCCCACCAAUAAAAUAUAUAUUGUCCGACUCGUUAAAUUUUGGAUUAAUUGAAGGUGUGAUACGUCUUUAGGUCAAUUUUGACAUCCUCACUCGUGCGAUACAAGUUGAAGAGAAAGCAAUGAACCUGAGCCUACAGCAGGUUAUAACAAGUUAAGCUCAACAGCUUUUGGUGGUGCUGUCUCUUUUUCUUCUCAGUUGUUUCCUCUCUUCAUCAACACAAAGUUUUGUAGCAUUAACAACAUAGGAGUAUGAGUAGAAACACCAUAUUGCCCAUGCAGAAGCUCAUAGUUCACGUGGCGAUUCUCAUUUUUGCUCUUCUACCAUUAGUCAGUUCAACUCAAAAGCACACAAAAAAGAUUAUUCAUGAAUGCAGUGAUCACAAAGUCCUUGAGUUAAGUCCGAAGUUGUCAUUCCAAAUUAUCCUACAUGGAUUUCUGCUAUGGGCUUCUAUGGGUUUCUUGAUGCCUAUUGCGAUUCUUGUAAUGAGAAUGUCAAAUAGACAGCAAUGUGGAAGAAGGCUAAAGCUUCUUUUCUAUACCCAUGCUUCUUUACAGAUACUAUGUGUUAUCCUUGUAAUAACAGCAACAACCUUGUCAGUAAUAAACUUUGAGAACUUUUUCGACAAUACUCACCAAAGGAUUGGCUUAGCUCUAUAUGUUGCCAUAUGGCUGCCAAUAGUCGCUGGGAUUUUUCGGCCUGACAAGAGAAGCAAAAGAAGGGGUGCAUGGUUUUGUUUCCACUGGCUUAUUGGAGUCACAGUUACUUUACUGGGAAUCGUCAACAUAUAUACAGGAUUACAGGCCUAUCACAUGAAAACAAUGAAAAGCACCAGUGUUUGGAACUGGCUUUUCAGUGCUGAGGUUGCUAUUAUCGCGUUCAUCUAUCUACUCCAAGAAAAAUGGCACUAUAAAAAGCAAUCAGGAGUGAUUUUAGGCAAUGAAUCAGUACGACCAACGGAUCAACAAACAUCUCCAACAGAUGAGGAAAAGGAACUGUCACCCAUGCCUUAAUCAGAGCCAUGUUAAGACUUCAGACAAACAAAUGAUUUGCGUUUUACUAACAUUAAAUUCUUUCCAAUUUUGUUAUGAUCUCACCAACAAAUAUGAGAGUUUUGUGUAGGAUACUAAUGUAGAACAUCAUAUACAGCAAUUAAUAUGAGGAGUUUUGUGUC